GAGUCACAGGGACUACAGGCUGAACCAGGCCAGAGGCCGUAGCUUUAGCCAGACAGCCCAGACCUGUCCAGUGCCCUGCCAGUUCCAGACUGGGUUUGUGUCGGAAAAGGAGCAAGACCAUGUUGGGGAAGGUGGGAUCUGUGCUGUGGAUACUCUGUACAAUCUGGGUGGCAGCUGAUGCUCUUACUGUGGAAACUACACAGGACGUUCUUCGGGCUGCCCGAGGAGGGAGUGUCACCCUCCCAUGCACCUACAGCACCUCUGUUUCAGACCGAGAGGGAUUCAUUCAGUGGUCUAAGCUCCUCAGAAGUCAAACGGAAAGAGUGGCCACCUGGAAUUUUAUGACGAAGAAAUACAUCUAUGGGAGCCGUUACGAGAACCGAGUGACAGUGUCUAAGGACGUGGAGCUGUCAGACGCCUCUAUCACCAUCGACCAGCUGACCAUGGAUGACAAUGGCACCUAUGAGUGCUUCGUCUCACUGAUGUCAGACCAGGAUGUCACCUCCGGGUCUCGAGUCCGCCUCAUGGUCCUCGUGGCACCUUCCAAGCCAGACUGCGGCAUCGAAGGCGAGACAGUGAUCGGGAACAACAUCCAGCUGACAUGCCAUUCUGCAGAGGGCUCUCCGAGCCCACAAUACAGCUGGAAGGGUUACACCGUUCUGCACCAGCAGCGGCUGCUCUCCCAGCCAGUCUCAGGUGAGCCCUUGCUUCUGAAGAACAUCUCCACGGAGACUGCGGGUUACUACAUCUGCACCUCCAGCAAUGAGGUGGGGACAGAGUCCUGCAACAUCACCGUGGCACCCAGACCUCCCUCCAUGAACAUUGCACUGUAUGCGGGCAUUGCGGGAGGCAGCUUUGUGGCCCUCAUCAUCAUCGGCGUUAUUGUCUACUGCUGCUGCUGCCGGGAAAAGAACGACAAAGAAGACAUGGAGGACGUGCGGCCGAACCGAGCAGCUUACCAAGAGCCUAAAAAGCAGCAGAUAGAAGUUUCCAGAGGGCGGGAAGAUGAGGAUGACCACAGGCGUGAGGAUCACAGGAGCUCUGGGCGUAGCACUCCAGAACAGCCUUUCCAGUGA